CCUAACCCUGUAUUUGAUUAUAAUUUACAGGAAUCUCAGCGGUGUACUGUCUGUACUCUCUGUACCCUGUAUUCUAUUGGGCUACCUAACGCUGUACUUCUUCUUCUCCUUUAUGUUCUGGAUCAACGCUAUGGCAGCCAGUAUUUGCUUCAAGUUCAGCUCUAUCCUAUCAACACAGACAGAUAACGAGAAGAAGAGAUUUAUCAUGAACUUUCUUUACGCACAGGGUUUACCAGUUGUUCUCUGUAUAAUCAUAGCUGAGAUAGACAGAUAUGGUUCCUGUUCUUGGAUUAGACCGGAUAUGGGAGUAGCACAAUGUUUUAUUGGAACUCCACGUGGAGAAAUGAUGGGCGCUUCAAGUUUCUUCAAGACAGCUGAAUUCAUGUACUUCCAGGGUAUCCUGCUUGUACUUCAGAUCACCAACAUUAUUUUCUUCCUAAUUACUGUUUACUUUCUGGUUGAUCAUUGGCGUAAAUCUUCUUAUAUCACUAAAACCGGAGAAAACAAGGGAAACUUCCUCAUCGUGGUGAAACUCUUCUUUAUUAUGGGAAUUCCUUGGCUGGGAGAACUGCUAUCACAUUCUCUAACCCAUGUUAUGGGCCCUGAUGCCUCCUUCUAUUACAGGGUAGUCAUUGAUUGUGCAAACCUCUUUACGGGAGUUCUUGUCUUUCUUGUUCUGGUUUGCAAAAAGAAAACUGUUACGAGAGUGCGUACUCGCCUGCAGCAUAACUCCCAGCUGUCUAGAGGGUCAACUUUAACUACAUCUACCAAGGAUACAGUUCAAUGGUACAGGGAUAAAGACAGUGUUCAUCAAACAAGAGACACUAGAGGAGGAGACCAGCUGAGAUUAAAGGUCUUCUUCAGAAACCAGCAACAACAGACCGCUGGUUCAAUUAGAUCUACAUCUAACCAAGAGGAUUAUCUAUAAUUAUUUCAUCCCCCCAUUCUCACCCUUAA